UCAGAGCCUGGUGGUGUUUGUGUGGAGUGGGGGGCUUCUGGACUGCCUGCGUCGCGAUGGGCAAAACUGCCGACUACGGGGGUCCGGGCAGCCGCCCCGACCCGGUGCGGAGCUUCAAUCGCUGGAAGAAGAAACAUAGCCAUAAGCAGAGUCAAAAGAAGCAGCUGAGGAAGCAGCUGAAGAAGCCCGAGUGGCAGGUGGAGCGUGAGGUGAUCAGCCGCCUCAUGCAGAACUACCAGACGAUAAAUGUAAAUGAAAUUACAAGAUUUUCAGAUUUCCCUUUAUCCAAGAAAACAUUGAAAGGUUUGCAAGAAGCCCAGUACCGCCUGGUAACUGAGAUACAGAAGCAGACUAUUGGGUUGGCUUUGCAAGGCAAAGAUGUUCUUGGAGCUGCAAAAACUGGAUCUGGCAAGACUUUGGCUUUCCUUGUUCCUGUGCUGGAAGCCUUAUAUCGUUUGCAGUGGACCUCAACAGAUGGGCUGGGGGUUCUAAUAAUCUCACCCACGAGAGAACUGGCCUAUCAGACCUUUGAGGUUCUCCGAAAAGUAGGAAAGAAUCAUGACUUUUCAGCUGGUCUCAUUAUUGGUGGAAAGGAUCUGAAACAUGAAGCUGAGAGGAUCAAUAACAUAAACAUACUUGUUUGUACACCAGGCCGGCUUCUCCAACACAUGGAUGAAACAAUAUGCUUUCAUGCUACCAAUCUUCAAAUGUUAGUCCUUGAUGAAGCAGAUAGAAUCUUAGACAUGGGCUUUGCUGAUACCAUGAAUGCUAUUAUUGAAAAUCUUCCCAAGAAACGCCAGACUUUACUUUUCUCAGCUACACAAACCAAAUCUGUAAAGGACCUUGCACGGCUGAGUUUGAAAAAUCCUGAGUAUGUCUGGGUUCAUGAGAAAGCAAAAUACAGCACCCCUGCCACUCUGGAACAGAACUACAUAGUUUGUGAGCUGCAGCAAAAAAUAAGUGUGCUAUAUUCCUUUUUGAGAAGCCACCUGAAGAAGAAAAGUAUUGUGUUUUUCUCCAGUUGUAAAGAGGUUCAAUAUCUGUACCGAGUGUUCUGCAGGCUCCGUCCUGGUGUUUCAAUCCUGGCCCUACACGGUCGACAGCAGCAGAUGAGAAGGAUGGAAGUCUAUAAUGAAUUUGUCCGCAAGAGAGCUGCAGUGCUUUUUGCUACUGAUAUUGCAGCCAGGGGGCUGGAUUUCCCGGCUGUGAAUUGGGUUCUUCAGUUUGAUUGUCCAGAGGAUGCCAACACGUACAUUCACAGAGCAGGCAGAACUGCCAGGUACAAAGAGGGUGGUGAAGCUUUAUUAAUUUUGCUUCCCUCAGAAGAAAAAGGGAUGGUACAGCAGCUUCUUCAGAAGAAAGUACCUGUGAAGGAAAUCAAAAUUAAUCCAGAAAAACUUAUAGACAUCCAGAAAAAAUUGGAAUCAUUUUUAGCUCAAGAUCAAGAUUUAAAAGAACGAGCUCAAAGGUGCUUUGUUUCAUAUAUACGUUCUGUGUACCUGAUGAAGGAUAAGGAAGUAUUUAAUGUGAGCAAGUUAUCUAUGCCUGAAUAUGCUCUGUCUCUUGGUCUUGCUGUGGCACCACGGGUGAGGUUUCUUCAGAAAAUGCAAAAACAGUCUCCCAAAGAGUUGGUAGUGAACCAACAAAAUGAAGUAACUGAGCCAAGGGCUCCCUCCCUCACAAAUGAUGAAGUGGAAGAAUUUAGAGCCUACUUCAAUGAGAAGAUGUCCAUCCUUCAGAAAGGUGGUAAAAGGCCAGAAGGGACUGAGUGCAGACCGGCCAAUGAUGUUAGUGAUGAAGAGGAAGAAGAGGAGGAUGAUGAAGGAGGAGAAAUGGAAGAGAAACUGGGAGGUCAACCUCGGUCUGUCCCUUACACUAUGGAAGAACAGAAGCUCAAGGAAGUUCCUGUGCAAUUCUUGGACAAUGAUGAAGAAGAGGAAGAUGGACUUGAUACCAAUUUCUUUAAGGUGAAGCGACACAAUGUGUUUGGGUUGGACCUUAAAGAAAAUAAAGUAAUACAGAAGAAAGAAACUUCAAAGUCCAGUGUCAAGAAAAAGGUGACCAAGGUCGCAGAAGCAAAAAAAGUAAUGAAGAGAAACUUUAAAGUAAACAAGAAAAUAACCUUUACUGAUGAAGGGGAGUUAGUUCAGCAGUGGCCGCAGAUGCAGAAAUCCGUCUCCAACGAUCCUGAGGAAGAGGACAGCACUGGUGGUAUCAACUUAGAUAAAGCGAAAGAAAGGCUUCAAGAAGAGGACAAAUUUGACAAAGAAGAAUAUAGGAAGAAAAUUAAGGCAAAGCAUCGGGAGAAAAGAUUGAAAGAAAGGGAAGCCAGAAGAGAAGCCAACAAGAGAUCAGCAAAGGCCAGAGAUGAAGAAGAAGCCUUUCUGGAUUGGAGUGAUGAUGAUGAUGAUGAUGGAUUUGACCCAAGCACACUUCCGGAUCCGGAUAAGCACAGAAGCUCUGAAGAAUCAGAUAGUGAAGAUAUGGAAAAUAAAAUUAGUGAUACCAAGAAGAAGCAGGGAAUGAGAAAAAGGCACAACAGUGACAUGGAAGACGUGGGACACACAAGUCGUACUAGAAAGAAGACCAAGUGGGGCACCGUAGAGCCUCUGGAUACAGGCCUGUCUUUAGCCGAGGAUGAAGAGCUGGUGUUGCAUCUGCUCAGAAGUCAAAGCUAAAUACUUCCUACACUUCUUAAAACUUAUGCUCGGGAUUAUGUGUGGACCAGAAACUGAAGAAACAGUGAUGUCGGGGCACUUAGGUAACCGGAGACUAAGCCUAAACGCACUCUGCACCCGGAAGCGGUGGUUCUCUGAGCCAGUACAGGGCACUCGUGCCUCUCAGAGAGACUCAGGGUGGGGUGGAUCCGGACGUUUCCCGGGCUCGCUUUCUGCCAUGUGCUUUGUUAGCUCCGCACACAAGUUCCCACAUCUUAUCUUCAGACGUUCUUCCUCUGUUUUACUGGCAGGUUUUGAAGAUCUUGUUUCAUAGUUAUAAAUUCUGUCUUGCUCACCAUGCAGACAUUUCUCGGUACUGUUAGACCAGAUUGCUUACACUUUUAAUGUAUUUAACAUCUCUGAAGAGACAGUCUGGUGAUGGACCAGACCUGAGAAAGUAUUUUUGAAUUGAGAUGAUCUGUAAUAAACAAGGUUCCUAUAAAA